AAAAAGUGUAAACAAAUGGAAAAAAUAUCGGAACCGCUAGACACACAAGACGUUUACUUGGUUUGAGAUAUCGGUCCGCGUGUGUUAUCUAUUUUUGUCCCAACAAUUUGGUGCGUGUGCUAUUUAUUUUCGCAAAUUCGCUAAUCGAUGUGGCAAUAUCCGUUGUCGCCCUCGAUUUGGAGCAAGAUUUUCUUUGGUUCCGUUUAGUAUCGUGAGAAGUUUUGAUCCUUUUGUUUACAUUGUUUUUCCUGCUUUGGUGACAGCUGCUGGAGGCUGAUUUGUUGCACCACCGGAAGCGACCGGUGAUGUGCGGAGUCGGGAAAUGAAUGAUACAGCUACGUCUUUAACGCAGUCCGAAGCUAAUACAGUAGAACCGAUAGUUGACCAGAACACACGAAACCAAGAGCCAAUAACUUACAUUCAGUUCAUUUCCGAUCAACUGGUGCUUUAUUUGCGAGAAACACUGGAUCAUAUCGUGCUCGUCAUUUUCAUAUAUACGCUUCUAUGUCUCGUUUUGUACAAACUGCUUUUCCAUCGCUGCUGUCAGUGGUUGAAGAUUUUUCGAAAAAGUCGUCUCCCUCCAACAGCCAACAGAGCACUUCUCGUCACUGCUCAUCCCGAUGACGAAUCGAUGUUUUUCGGUCCCACCAUUCUGGAGUUGCGCCGCCAAAACUGCCGAAUCUUUUUGCUGUGUCUUUCGGAGGGGAAUUACGCUCACCAGGGCGACCUCCGUAGGCAGGAACUUUGGGAUGCGUGUGAGUCGCUUGGAAUCAAAUCGGACGAUAUAACACUGCUUAAUGCAACGCACCUGCAAGACGAUCCCGCCCUCGAGUGGAGAACGGUUACGAUCGCUAAUCAGAUCCUGAAACAUCUGGAGGCACUGGAUGCGGACCUGUUGAUUACAUUUGAUAAAGAUGGCGUCAGCGGACAUCCGAACCAUAGUGCCAUUUAUUAUGCGACAGCUUCUCUUUGUCUAUCUGGAAUGAUGCCGAACAAAUGUAAAGUGUUAACACUGGAAUCGAUUAAUGUCUGCCGGAAGUAUGCCUCGAUAUUGGAUCUUCCAAUUACGUUGUUGCUUUCUACUAACUGGUCCAUACUGAGCUGGAAAUCGCGAGCUGCAGUUCAGAACGCUAUGCGUCUCCACCGUUCCCAACUAGUUUGGUUUCGAAAGUUGUACAUCGUGUUUUCCCGCUACAUGGUGAUCAACUCGCUCCGUGAGAUCAACAAGUCCGACGUUGAAUUUGAGAUACUGGAUUCUUAAUUCAGACAGACGAAACAAAUAGCCGAAGAAAUUUAAACGAGAAAGUGUAGGUGAGAGAACUGUUAGCAGAAGCUCAUCCGUGCAAGAAUUUUAAAUUGCGCGAGAAGGGAUACAACUAUCGUUGUUGUAAGACAAACAAAAAAGAGAAAACAAGAUGCUUUAUAGCUAGUCCUUCGAUAUAGUAGCGAAUCGACUUAAGGAUAGAAUACACAACGCUAGGGAAAUAAUUUUAGUACACUUAUCUAGAUAUGCUAAAGAUGUUUACUGCGAAAAUUGAAGAGGAAGUUGUGCAGAAACACUGGAAUAAAUGUGUGAAUGAAGUUUGCCGGUCCGCAGGUUCAUCAGUCAUCAGUAGUAAGGCAAUACUAUUUUAUACGGAAAAGACAUAGUCAUUAUUUGCAGUUAUUUUUGUACAUAAAUAGACGUGACACAAUUUGUUUGAGCAUUGCAUUCUUUAAUAAACGUUCGUCAACUAAACUGUUGAACUUAA